GCCUGCCCGCCCUUUCAAAGACAGAAAGAGAAAGAGAGAGAGAGAGAGAUGAGAGGAGUGGGAGGGCCAUUGUUAUGCAUCGGCGAUCUGCUGAGUGACGUUGGAGAAAGCGAUGCCGGCGGUGAUCAGCUUCCGUCGCACCCAAUCAAUACACCUUCACCGGACUACAAUUCCAGCCUCCAACCCUCCGAUCUAAACAAGCUCUUUCAGGAAAAGUAUGAGCAGCUGAACAAGGCACUUGCUGGCACAGAUCAUUCAUGGACGCAUCUCACACUGGAGCUAUGCACUGCACUGGAGACUGCAAACAAGUUGGUCCACUCAACCAAUUCUAAUGUUGGCAUGUUGAAAGAUAAGGUUGAGGAGCUUUGUGAAGUCAUUAAUAGAAGAGACGCAACUAUUGAAGCUGCAAAAGCCUUUGAAGGCUCUCCAAAACAACCUGAGAGCAGUUAGUGAGGAUGUCUGAUCAAUUACCAAGUUGAAGGUCAGCAGUCUUGCUUUGCACUGGACUUAUCACUUCUAGCUUUUACAAGGACAUGCUUAGCAUGUUCUUGCUGUAAAUAUGCAUGAAUUAAAGAUAUUGGUACUAGCAAAACUUAAGCUGCAUUUGCUGCACCUGCUUCCUGGUCGUCCCUUGCCAAAGCUUACAUUUUAUUUUGUUCAUUUCACUAUGUACUCCUUAGUACUACUGUAAUCCUUGUUCUGAUUA